AUGGGGAAGAAAAACAAGGAGCAAAACAAUAAUAAAGAAGAUAACAAUGAAAAUAAGAGAAAUAAAGAAUCAGAGAAAGGUGUUGUGUUGAAAGCAAAUAUACAUUGUGAAGGUUGCUCUAACCAAAUUUCUAAGUGCUUAAAAGGUUAUGAAGGAAUAAAUCACAUAAGGAUUGAUAGAGAAAAUCAUAGAAUCAUUCUCAAAGGAGACGUUAUAAACGAUCCAUUGAAGGUUUUGGAAAGACUUCAAAAGAAAUACAACAAAAAUGUUGAGCUCAUUUCACCAAAACCUAAGCCUGAAAACAAACAGAAAAAAGAACCAGAAAAAAAGGAACAGGUAAAAACAAAAAUUAUGGUGCUCAAGAUGUAUAUUCAUUGCGAAGGUUGUGUAAAUGAUAUCAAGAGAAAAAUUGAGAAAAUGGAAGGUGUGGAAUCUGUGGAAAUGGACAAGGAAAAUUCACUUGUUACUGUCAAAGGAAUAGUAGAUUCUUCAAAGCUUGUUGAAUAUGUGAAAAAGAAAUUUGGAAAGCAUGUAGAGAUUAUAAAUGAAGGGGAGAAAAAAGAUGAAAGAAAAAAAGAUGAAGGGAAAAAGAAUGAUGAGAGAGAUCAUGGACAUAUAAUUAUGUUUAGUUAUCCUUCUCAAUACUCUACCCAAUAUCUUUACCCGAAUCAAAACUUUAACGAUGAAAAUGCUUUUGCAUGUUCAAUAAUGUAA